UGUGUUUUUCCUCAGUGCUCCUCCACGAGGGCGCACUAGUAGAGCUCUUGUUUGGGAAACACCCUCAGCGACGAAGUGUGUAGGGAACACAGAGGGGGGGCACGGAUGCGCGAGCAUGCCAUAAACAAUACAUAUGGCCUGAGACUGAAGAUCCCUCAUCAUAUUUCUGCACUCCUUUCCUUCCAUGCAUGUAGCUACCCGGUGAUAGGAUUCAUGUUGGGAGGAAACGACCUUUGCUGUGCGUCGCGAGGCGGAGUGUGAGGAUGAUGUGGCGCGCGAGCGGCGUGUGAUCAAAUCCAACUAAUCUGACAAAUAUUAUCGAGGAUCGAGAGUUCUUGUAUGUAGGCAAAAAUAAAACAAAGGCGUUUUUCCCUGUCUCGCACCGCCAUGUUUUGUGACUUUUAGGGGCUGAGCAGUGGCGUGAUGAAGGCAUUGUGCACGAACAGGCUCCUGAGGCGACUGUGUGUUUGCGCUGGACUCAUCGCCCUCAGCUGGCUUCUCCACGUAACAGAGCCCCCUGAUAAGGAUUUCGAUCUGAUCUGGUCUAAUCGAAAACUGACUCAGCAGAGUGGAGAGUUGAACCAAACAUCAAGCAAACCACGAGUUGCGAUCAAUGAAUUUCCUGAAGAUGUCUUCACUAAGGAGCAGAGAAGGCAUGGGGCGUUGCUGCUGCAUAUCUUCUGUGCUGUUUACAUGUUCUACGCCCUUGCCAUUGUCUGCGACGUGUAUUUUGUGCCAUCUUUGGAAAAGAUCUGUGAGAACCUACAUCUGAGUGAGGAUGUUGCGGGGGCAACCUUCAUGGCAGCAGGAAGUUCUGCUCCAGAGCUCUUUACCUCUCUGAUUGGUGUAUUCAUCACUAAGGGAGACGUGGGAGUUGGCACCAUAGUGGGCUCAGCAGUCUUUAAUAUCCUAGUUAUCAUUGGAGUGUGUGGAAUUUUUGCUGGACAGACGAUCUCUCUCACAUGGUGGCCUCUCUUCCGAGACUCUGUUUACUAUAUCAUCUCAAUCUUGGCUUUAAUUCUGAUCAUUUACGAUGAGAAGGUUCUCUGGUGGGAGACUCUAGUCCUCAUAUCAAUGUAUGGAAUUUACAUCCUUAUCAUGAAAUUUAAUGGUCAGAUCUGGGGCUGGGUGGAACUGAAGUGUGGUAUACCUGGACAGCCAUGUUUGGUGAGCAGCCUACGGCAAGAUGUAGCACCAGAGGAAGCUAGCACACACUGUGACACUUCUAUGAUCCUGAUGAAGAAAGAUCAGUGUGCAAGUGAACAGGACUCAGCCGUGGUGAUGGUGGAUGACCUGAUGAGUCUGCAUCCUCACCAGUUCGCUUUAUCAGAGGCAAGCCUCCAUGUCAUGGUCACCCCCUUCUUCUCUCCCCACAUGCGCCUCAGCAUGGCUGGAUGCAUGCUCAUCGCUGAGAGGCAGAGAUUGAUCAUGAGCCGGAGCUCAGGGGAAAGUGGCAGUGGCACAGGAGAAAUUCCCGGUCAGGAGAGCCCAGGGAUGGAGGGAGCACCCUGGGGACUAGAAAAUGGUGACAACAUGGACAGCGAGACUCAACCACUAGAAGAUGCAAGGACAUGGGGCAAGGGGGGAACACUGGAGAUGGUGGAGGACAUGGGGGACACACAGCCCAAAGACACCGAGGAGGAUGAAGAGGCAGAAGAAGUACAACCCUUCAAUCCCCUUAUUGUGCCAGGAGGAUGCUUUGAACGGGUGAAAUGGUUUCUCUCAUGGCCUUUAAGCUGUCUGCUUUAUUACACUGUGCCCAACUGUUUGCUGCCACACUGGGAACGCUGGUUCAUGGUCACCUUUGUGGUCUCCACACUCUGGAUUGCUGUUUUCUCCUACCUCAUGGUGUGGAUGGUCACCAUCAUCAGUUUCACACUGGACAUUCCAGAUGUUAUUAUGGGCAUUACGUUUUUAGCAGCUGGCACGAGUGUCCCGGACUGCAUGGCUAGUCUUAUAGUUGCCCGGCAAGGUAUGGGAGACAUGGCUGUGUCCAAUUCAAUAGGUAGUAAUAUUUUUGACAUUCUAUUGGGGCUCGGUUUCCCGUGGGCUCUGCGUACACUUGUGGUGGAUUACGGGUCAACGGUCUUCAUUAAUAGUAGGGGACUGGUGUAUUCAGUUAUUUUACUGCUUGCUUCAGUCUUUCUCACAGUUCUCAGUGUACAUCUGAAUCGCUGGAGACUUGACCGGAGGUUAGGCCUGGGCCUUAUGGUCUUGUAUGGUAUCUUCCUGGUCUGCUCGAUCUGCUUUGAGAAGCUGUAGGUCACAUCCGACACUGCUAGUGACCCUGGAGUUAUUCAUGAGGAAACGUGACAUUACUGCAAUUAUUGUAUCAGAGCCAUAAGGAGUAGGGCCUGUUUGGGUCAAAUAGUACAGCUUUUCACACUUGAAAUAGUGAACUCUGGGUUAAUUUUCACAUUGCUCAUACUUUACCAGGGGCUAAAAAUUUAUCCUGGCUAUUCAGAAUCUGACAUUUUACACUGUAUAUUUCUAAACCUGGGUCUUACUUGCAUAUUAGCGGUGUCAGCAACCAUAAUUGGAAAAAUACAGCAUGUGACCGGUUUAAACAAUGGCUUGUCUCAAGCUUUUGCAUCAGUGAUGAAAAAAUAAAGCUCCUCUAUGCUCCAGUUGACACAUGCUGUUCAAUUUCUGUUUGGGUGUCUUUUGCUAAGCAAAAGUGUGAACUGUUCCUCUACCCAGGGUUAGACGCUGGGUUUAGAGAGACGGUAACCCGGGGUUAUGCUCAGUGUGAAAAGCCUAGUGAUUAGAGUCCACAUUAAAGUGUUACUACUCCCUGUAUUAUUUAUGCUGCUGAUAAGAAGUAUUGAUAUAUAUUUUAAUGAUAAAAUUAAAUUUGGCCUACUAUUGCAAAAAUGUUCAAUAGUAAAAAGAAGUUCCUGGUUUGGACACUGGGUGUCACUAAAGCCAAAUCUUUAAUCUUUGCCAUAUUUAAUAUCAUAUUUGUAAUAAUAAUAAUAAUAAUAAUAAUAAUAAUAAUAAUAUCAUUUUCAAUAUCAAGUUUUAUUCAAAAGGCCUACAUUAAUCUUACCAAACGUUUGGAUAGAUAACAUGGCAGCACCAAAGAAACAGAAAUAGAAAGUGAGAAACACAGGAGGUUUUGAGAAAUGAGAACUGUUUUUUUUAUAUAACUGAAAUUCAGAAGUUGACUGUGAAAUCAGUUACUGUUUCACCCUUUUAUUUGGUUUUUUAACAAUUUGACCCCAAUAAAAUCCCAAUAAGACCGAACAUUGCUGAUAUAAUUACACUGCUGGUCAACACAACUGGUCAUUACAUCAGCCUGAAAAGUGUACUUGAAGAGUUAAAAGCUAUAGAAAUUUUUUUUCUUACUGAGCAAGAUGUUAAAGCUGUAAUCAGUUGGUUAUGAAUAUUAAACAGGAUUAACGUAAGGUUCCUUAAUUAAGCCACAGGAUGUAAUGUUUACAAAACACGGGUCACUUCUUUACCUUGUGCUUGUACAUUUUCUACUGUAAAGAAUCUAAAAUGACGUAGUAAUUAUGAGCAAGACAACAAAAAAAAUUAGAACAACACUUUUGCAGCAAGUCAACUUAUGAUGUAUGUAUUUCAUGAUGUAAUCAUUUUCUUUGGAAAAAAGCCAAAACAAAACAAAAAUACACUUUUACCAUUUAUUUUAUUUCAUGCAAAUUUGGCGGCAUUUUACUACAGUACAUGUGUGCAUGUUAACACAAAUUUUUGUGAUGGGUUUCGCCUUUAUUUUCUGUUUUGUUUUAAAUUUACAAUAAUGAUACAGAAAUGGAAAUUAUCCUUGCUGAAAUUUGAAUUAAAUAUUAGAUAA